CUAAAGCCAUCCCCUAAUUUCCUCCUCCCCCACAACACCACCUAAAAGAUUCGGUUCUUCACUUCUAUCUAUCAUAAUCCGCUGAUAACGGUUAACUUCAAUCCCAGGUUACGUUAAUUUCACACCUAUACUGUUAAUUUUCUUGUUUCCACUAAUACUAUUAAGCAGUUUUAGUUUCUAUUUUACAUCAAUUUCAAUCUCACAUUUCUGUUCUUAGGAAUUAGGAUUCUGUAUGAUUUGAUUUUAUCAUUUACCGAGUAGAAUCAAAAGAUUGAUUGAAAUCUAGGGUUUAAGAGAGUUUUUUUUUUUUUUUGUUUUGUUGUCGUUGCUUAAUCUUUGAAUUCCGGAAAUUUGAAAUUUUAGACGACGUUGUUCUUCUAUGUUGAUAGUGUUAGACUCUUAGUUUAUGAUGGGGAAUGUUAAAUUACCUCAAUGGCUAAAGGAAUUGCCGUUAGCGCCGGAAUUCCGGCCGACAGAAACCGAAUUUGCUGACCCAAUUGCUUAUAUUUCAAAAAUUGAGAAAGAAGUUGGUGGUUUUGGUAUUUGUAAAGUGAUUCCUCCAUUGCCCAAACCAUCAAGAAGAUACGUUUUCAACAACCUGAACAAAACUCUUUUGAGAAGUCGUGAAUUGGGUUUGGAUGUGAAUUUUAAAGAAAUGGGUGAUUCAUCGAAGAGGGUAUCUCAGGACAAGAGAAAUAAUAACGAGAAUAGAGCUGUAUUCACCACCAGGCAACAAGAAUUGGGGAAAGAAGGAAAGAGAAGCAGGGGCGAGGUUGAUGCCUCACAACCGGCUGCACAAAAGCAAGUAUGGGAAAGUGGGGAGUUCUAUACACUGGAACAGUUUGAAUCUAAGUCGAAAGAAUUUAGGCGGAGUGUAUUAGGUACGGUUAAGGAAGUUGCUCCUUUAGCUAUUGAGGCAUUGUUUUGGAAAGCCGCUUCAGAGAAGCCUAUGUAUGUAGAAUAUGCAAACGAUGUUCCAGGUUCUGGUUUUGGUGAACCAGAGGGAUUGUCGGGUUACCUUCGUGCAUGUAAAAAGAGAAGGAAAAUGUGUGGUCAAGGUCAUGGAGGAAGUUCCUACCGGAGACAACGGGGUGUAAACGAUGCAUCAGUACUAUGUGCUGGGGUAAAAGGUGAAGUACCAGUACCGUGUUCAAGUACACUUGUAGAGCUAGAAAAGGAAAGUGUUGAUCUACCAACAUCAUCGCCAGAUGAAAUCUCACAAUCUACUAAACUGAAAGCUGAUCCCGAACUCGAAGGUACUGCUGGAUGGAAGCUGUCAAACUGUCCUUGGAACCUACAAGUAAUUGCUCGCUCUGCUGGCUCACUCACUCGUUUUAUGCUGGAUGAUAUUCCUGGUGUAACUUCCCCAAUGGUUUAUAUUGGUAUGUUGUUCAGUUGGUUUGCCUGGCAUGUUGAAGAUCACGAGCUUCAUAGCUUGAAUUUUCUGCAUACCGGCUCACCAAAGACAUGGUACGCAAUCCCUGGGGAAUAUGCUUUUGCUUUUGAGGAUGUUAUACAUAAACAAGCUUGUGGAGGAGAUGUUGACCACUUGGCUGCACUGAAACUUCUUGGUGAGAAAACCACUCUUUUGUCACCUGAGAUGGUUGUUGCUUCUGGCAUUCCAUGUUGCAGGUUGGUACAGAACCCUGGUGAAUUUGUAGUGACGUUUCCAAGGGCUUAUCAUGUAGGAUUCAGUCAUGGUUUUAACUGCGGAGAAGCUGCCAAUUUUGGCACUCCUCAAUGGCUCACCAUAGCGAAGGAAGCUGCUGUGCGCCGGGCAGCCAUGGAUCAUUUACCAAUGCUGUCCCAUCAGCAACUGCUAUACUUGUUGACUAUGUCUUUUAUUUUAAGGGUCCCAAGAGCCCUGCUUCCAGGUGUACGGAGUUCUCGUUUGAGAAAUCGCCUGGAGGAAGAACGAGAGCUUUUGGUUAAAAAAGCUUUUAUUGAAGAUGUUAUAAACGAAAACCAUCUAUUGAAUACUCUUCUAGGAAAAGAUUCUGCAUUUCGUGCUGUGUUAUGGCACCCUGAUUCACUGCCAUCACUUGCCAGAGACUCCUUAUCACAAGCGGGAACCAUUCUGGAUGUGUCUGUCCCAACUUACAAGGGUGGGGAUGAGGAUAUUCACCACCUAACCACAUACAGGAGAUCUUUAAAUGGCUUGUAUCUGGACAGUAAUGAUGUUUUGUCUGACUUUCAAGUUGACUCUGGAACCUUGGUGUGCGUGGCUUGUGGAAUUCUUGGAUAUCCAAUUAUGUCAGUGGUUCAACCAUCAAAGACAGCAUCAAGGACAAAUUUGUCUUCUGAGAAGAUGUCUCUAUUUGGGGCAGUUCGCAGUUCACGACAACAAGCUUUAUGUCACAUUCAAUGCCGCGAUACCAAUAAUGAUGGGACCUGGGAUACUUCUCGGUUUCUGAGACCGAGGAUUUUCUGCUUGGAGCAUGCUGUUCAAAUUGAAGAGUUAUUAAGACCCAGAGGUGGAGCAAAUAUGCUUGUAAUCUGCCAUUCUGAUUAUCAAAAGAUCAAGGCAAAUGCUGCAGCUGUCGCUGAAGAACUCAGAACCACAUUAAAUUACAAAGAGGUUACGCUUGAUUUUGCUUCUCCGGAAGAACUGAAACUAAUUGAUAGGGCGAUUGAUGAUGAACAACUUACUGACUUCCAAGAAGACUGGACAACAAAACUUGGAAUCAACUUACGGUUUAGUGUCAAGACCAGAAGAGACUGUCUCCCAAAGAAGAUUGAGCAUGCGCUGAAUAUUGACUAUUUACUUUCCAUUAUGGCUCCUGAUUCAAGGAUUUCAAAUAUCAAAUGGUGUUCCAGAAAAUCUAGGACAAAACGAGUGUCAAACCAUAGAACUCUUGCAACAUACUGUGAUGGGAAUUUCUCUAAGAAGGAUGAGAUCAUUCAUAUUUCCAAUUCGAAGGAAAUAAAAGGAAAGAUACUUCUUCAAUAUUCUAGGAGGAAGUACAGGAAUAAAUCAAGAAAUAUUUCAGGAGCGAAACAUGCCUUAGGGUGUAGUAUGGAAUGCUCAACGGAAGGGACAGAUGCUGAUUGUGGAAAGAUUAUUGAUCACAAUGAACAGGACACGUCAGGGACUCCCUGUUUCAAGAUUGUAGAAGGAGAUUCUGAAGAAUUUGACACUUCUGAAAUACGUGUUGUGGAAUGUAAGGAAGUUGAGACUCCUACGGGAAACAGGGAGCCUGCUAGUAACAGAACUUCCGGAGCGGUAAUAAUUGAAACUUGUACAUCAGCGUCAAGUGAUUCCAAUUUUCUCAGGAUUGCAGGGGUGGUUGAAGAGCCUAAUUUAGCAAGCGAAGACUUGGAUACUGAGAAUUGUUCUAGUUCACUUGCUUCUGCUAUGCCAGAUGCGAGGAAGUCAAGUAAUGCUGGAAAGGACAUUGGAAGUCAACACGUCUGUACAGCUAAAGCAAGUGGUCUUACAAUAAUGUGCAGGCCUGAAGAGCUAAAUGAUGAUCAGACUGGUGGAGAUCUCAGAGCAGGCAGCAUCUCAGAUCAUGCAUUGUGCAUAGCUUAUUCCCCAGAGAUUACUGGAAGUUCAGUCCCUUGCAAGAAGCUUGAGGUUUAUGCUAAUCCAGCUUGUAAUAUGACAGAAAACUUAGGGGGGAGUGAGACUUGCAAACAUGAUGCUACUAUGAUGGAGGUAGAUAUGUGUAACCUGCCUAAGGAUAACCUCACUGGUAGUUCUCAAACUGGUGCGUGGGCUUCUUCAUUGUCGAGCACGUGUAAAAAACAGGAUAACAAAUUGGCUAAUGCUAAAAUGACUUGUGGUGAUAGAAGAAAAAAACAAGCGCUGCACAUUGAAGCCUAUAAAAGCUAUGUAAGAAGUCCAUGUGAAGGCCUAAGGCCAAGAAAGAAUAAAGACGAUUCAGUUGAUAUGGUUGAAAUGACCUCAGAAAAAGCUCCGACCAAGAAGCUUAAAGAAUCUUUGGUCAGUUCAGCUUCAUGCAAUCAAGUUGUAGGUAAUAAAACUGGUUACAGGUGUAAUCUUGAGGGCUGUCGAAUACAUUUUAGGACAAAGGUUGAGCUUUUAUUACACAAGCACAAUCAAUGCCAUCAUAAAGGAUGUAGGAAGAGUUUCAGGUCCCAUAAGUAUGUGGUUCUUCACCAACGAGUUCAUGAUGAUGAGAGGCCUCUGAAGUGCACAUGGGAAGGCUGUAUCAUGACUUUCAAAUGGGCAUGGGCUAGGACUGAGCACUUUAGACUGCAUACUGGUGAACGUCCUUACCAGUGUAAGAUUAAAGGGUGUGGCCUUACUUUCAGGUUUGUGUCUGACUACAGUCGUCACAGACGGAAAACUGGGCAUUAUGCAAACCAAUCUACCAAGUGAGGCAUGCUUUGUUGAUUUCAGAAGCUAGUUUUUGUAGUGAAGAUGAUACCAAUUCGGCCAAUUACAAGAUAUGUACAAACUAGUUAUACAUUUUGCUGUAGCAUUUACGUGUAAAAUCCUUCAUUCUUCUUGAGUAGACCAGUGCAAUGAAAUUGUAGGGUCAGACCCGACCCUCUACUUAAAUGGGGCUAGCUAGUCCUUAAAAUGUCAACAUCAUUUUAAGACUAAGUGCGUUUUUAUUUUGAGUUCUUUCCGUUGAAGAAACGAAUGUAAAAAAUGACUAUCAUCCUCACUCCUCCA